CCAGAGACCAGGACGGACGCAGCCAUGUCAGAGCUGGUGCCUGAGCCCAGGCCUAAGCCAGCAGUGCCCAUGAAGCCUGUCAGCAUCAACUCCAACCUGCUCGGCUACAUCGGCAUCGACACCAUCAUCGAACAGAUGCGCAAGAAGACCAUGAAGACGGGUUUUGACUUCAACAUCAUGGUCGUCGCACGCUGGGAGCCCAUUGAGAAGUACAUCAAUGAACAGUACGAGAAGUUCCUGAAGGAGGAAGUGAACAUCGCCAGGAAGAAACGCAUCCCCGACACUCGAGUCCAUUGCUGCCUCUACUUCAUUUCCCCCACAGGACACUCACUCUUCCUCAUCUCAGGCUGGGCGGUGGUAAUUGUAUACCUGCGGCUCUCACGUAUUCAGGUACGCAAGGAGCUUGAAGUAAACGGCAUUGAAUUCUACCCCCAGAAGGAAUUUGAUGAGGACUUGGAGGACAAGACGGAGAAUGACAAAAUCAGGCAGGAGAGCAUGCCCUUCGCGGUGGUGGGAAGUGACAAGGAGUACCAAGUGAACGGCAAGAGGGUCCUCGGCAGGAAAACUCCCUGGGGGAUCAUCGAAGUGGAAAACCUCAACCACUGUGAGUUUGCCCUGCUUCGAGACUUUGUCAUCAGGACCCAUCUCCAGGACCUCAAGGAAGUGACACACAACAUCCACUACGAGACCUACAGGGCCAAGCGGCUCAAUGACAAUGGAGGCCUCCCUCCGGGAGAAGGCCUCCUCGGCACUGUCCUUCCACCUGUGCCCGCCACCCCCUGCCCCACUGCUGAAUGA